GUGAGUAAUCGGCCCCUCUGUUAUCGAUGAUAUGUCAUCUCUAGCAGCUGAGCGUCGUUCUGCAGACGAAAAAACAACAAAUACAAUAAAAACAAACCACUAUAAUUGGUAAAUAGAAGCUCAAGCGGGAAAAUGGCAAGUGGCGGCGCCAACGUGCGCUGCAUCAAUUACUAUGACUUGUGUCGCCUCUGCACGGACAGCGCCGACCAAAAGACAGAUAUCUUUUCGCCCGAAGGACGCGCCAAGAAUCUCAGCCAGAAGAUCUUCGAGGUCCUCUCGCUGCAGGUCGAAGAGAAAGACCGCCUUCCCAAAGGCGUCUGCAGUCAAUGUGUCCAGACGCUGGAGCAGAUGUGCGGGUUCAAAGCCACUUGUCGAAAUUCGCAGAACAUGCUGACUAACUGCCUCACCAUCCGCCCGGCGGCGACAAGUGACAAGCUGUACAUUAGGGAUGCAAUUGACGAGACCGGCAAAAGCCUCGGCGUUGUCCAAGCGUCUCCAGCAACCUCUACUUCCUCGGCAUCGGCCCAACAGUCGAGGAACCUUCUGAACAGCAUUAUGCAAGCUGUGAGUGUCCAGCCUCAGCAACAGUACACCAUAACAUUGGACAACGGAAUCCAACAGCAGCAGCCACCGCAGCAGACCACAACCGAACCCAUCAAGAGCGACAAGCAGACGGUCUUAGAGGAGUUUAUUCGCCUUAAGCCAGAUAUUAAGAUAACCCCGCUGGGAAAGAAGGAUACCAACGCUACCGUCAGAAACCAGCAGCCGCCCCCGCCUCAGAUCCAGACAGUCACAAACACAAGCCCCACGGUCGCCACUCCACAGAUACAACUGCAACCGCAACUGGGUGAUCAACUCCAGCCACUCUGGCAGCAAAUUCAACAACUACAGCUACAGCAACAACUUCAGCAACUAACUAAUCAACUAAACAGCCAAUUAACCACCACGACCGAUGAUACUGGCGGACCCAGCGACACCAAGAAGCCAAAACUAAACUUCGUAAUCUCUUCGCCGGCUACUCCACAAUUUUCCACGCAGCUGAAUCAGUUUGGGUCGAACCAGCCUCAAAUUCAAUUGCAGUUGAUGCCAGGAGGCGGCGGUGUGGGAGUUUCAGGGGCCUUAAACGCCCCGGUUCCGACACAGCUCAAUGCUGCUGCUUUACUCUCAAGCUUGGCAGCUCCUCAGCCGACACCCAACCUUCUCUCGCCCAGCAAAUGCUUCCUGCCUAUCACUAUUCGAGACGAAAACUCGGAUCAGCAGAUUGUGGCGCACAUUGAUACAAAGAACUUGGUGUUACCGACCACCUAUCAAGUUCAGAUGAAGCUGCAGCCACAGUUGGCCACCGCUGAUGGACAGCCGAUAAUGCAGCUGACACCCACUUCAAUACCGGCUACUUUGCAGCUAACUCCGCAAACAUUAGGGGGCACACAGGCAACAGUCGCUCAAAACCAGUACAUAACUCCACAGGCCACGCAAACCCUACCUAUUCAAAAUCAACAAAUAAUUUCCCAGCAGCAGCCGCAACUACCAGCUCACACGGCCCAGGUCACCUCCCAGCAAAUAAUCCGAUCUCCCCAGUCAACCUCUGCGAAUCCGCAGUUGGUGAUCCGCAAUGUAAGCACAACAUCUACUCCAACCACUCCUACGAGUAGUAAAGAAUCACCUGUAUUCAAGACGCCCUCACCUAGGCAGAGGCCAGCCCAAGCGCCAAAGUCUAAGGUGAUCCCUGCUGCUACGGCUACUGGAUCCACUUCGGACCCCAAAAGACUAGUGACUCAAGUCAAACAGAUUAAACAUCCACUACCGGCAGCCCCAGCUGCCCCGCAGAAUACGAUCUCAUCCAAUACUGCCCUACAGCGGCUUUCCUCAAACACUACUAUCACCAAAGUAACAAAGCAGUCUGCUUCAGCGGCGGUCACUGCACCUGCGCCAGCACCGGUAUCAGCUCCAACAUCAGCUCCGCCGAAAUUGCCAGUGAUUAAUAAGCAAAACAUAACCAUCAGUCGAAUCUCUACGCAACCCCCACCUAAGCCGCAAGCGAAACAGCCAAUCGCAGCACCAGCACCGGCUCCAGCUCCAUCAUCUAGCCCACAACCCAUUCCAAUCUCAAUUCCCGCGCUGAGCAAAGCCCAGCCACCUCCAAUGGCAUCGCAGCACAAGAAGGUGGUACACAAGCCACCUGAAGGCCAGGAGUCUUCUGAUCAAAAGGCUAAGGUUCCGCGUCCUCAACAGCCGAUUCUGCCACUACCACAACAGGAUGGCCAGCAGUCUACUCUUGUGUCAGGGCUUACCUGUCCCACCUGCAAUCGCGAAUUUAAAAAGAAAGAACAUCUCACCCAGCACGUUAAGCUUCAUGCGGGCUUGCGUCCUUUCAAGUGUUCGGAGGACGGUUGCGACAAGGCAUUUAGCCGCAAGGAGCACUUAUCCCGGCACCUGGUUUCUCACUCAGGUCAGAAAAUGUACACCUGUGAGGUCUGUCGGAAGCCAUUCUCCCGCAAGGACAACCUUAACAAACAUAAGCGAAUACAUACCCAGCCCGUCAGUGAGACUCUGUAUUGCUGCGAUAUCUGCAACAAGAACUUUUCCAACAAAAUGCAUUAUGAGAAGCAUCGCGAAAUGCACACCGGGAAAAGACCGCGUGCGGAGAGCAUUACUUCUGCUCCAGUUCCGCCGUCUGCGCCAGCUCUUCUGCCGUCCCAAGUUCGAAGCAAUCCACAGGGACCCAACAAGGAUAUAUAUGAAAUAAAGCAGCGAGCUCCCCAGCAGCAGCAACAAGCGCAAGCACAACCGCAGCAGGCGCAGAUAAUGCAUGUGGUGACUACCCAAGACUUGGCCGGAAACACCAUUACUAUAACCCAGGCGCCAGAUUCCAAUAUUAAUGCAUCGUUGGCCAACUUUGUGCAGCUGGGAUUUCCGUCGUUUCAGAACGACACCGCGGCAGCCGCUAACCGCCAACCCACUAGUCUGUAAGAUCGAAAAAUAGACUCUUUACCUUACAUCGUGUGCUAGUCCACCUCCUGGUUCCUUAUUAUAUUUACUUUAUACUUGGUUUUUACCUUUACUCAUAUUUUGUGCAAUAUUAUUUUUUAUGGAUUUUACUCGUGUUUUUGCGCGUAUUUUAUAGCCUUAUUCGUUUUUGUUCGUUUCUGUUCUCAUUUAAUAAAACUAGCAGAGCGAUAUUCCCGCUGUUAUUUAUAAGUUUUAUCUCAAGAUUGUGUGCGCACUUCGAUUCUACUCUUAGGACAUUGUAAAUAAAUGUAUGUGUAUAUCUAUUGUA